GUGCAUGUAUCAAAUUGCAUCUAUGACACUCCGCCCGCUAUCGGAGGAUGAGAAUUGAGAUUGUGCCCCUUGAAGUCUCGGGAAGCCAAGGACUCUGGAGCACUCGGGUUGGGGGGCCUAGGUACAGUGCCCCUCUCCCCAAACUCGGGAUUGCCAAAUGCCAACGUCAUAUAAGCGCAGCGACUCCAACUUCUCCAAGCUCCCACCUCGUGGUCACGUCAAGUUGCCUUACACUCCCUCCCGUGACACAAAUUCCCCCCUGUCCCACCACGCAGCCCGUACACACACAGUUGAGGGCUUGACUACACCUGCGCCGCCUGACUCCCCGUGCCCCGAUCACAGCCGCUAGCAUCGGCCGUCGUUCCGUAGAUAAGGAACCGCAACCGGGACAGCUCGCCGACUGCGCAAUCGGAGCCCCAUCCACCCCUUCUCGCGAGACUUAGUAUCGACUCUUCCCCCACCACCCUUUCUUCCUCAAACAAUGUCUCUCGUCCGUAGUAUCCAGAGAAGCGCCCUCUGCACCCUCAGGUCACCUCCAGUCAAGUCCCAAUUCCAGCGAUCUGUUUUGCCCGCUGUAUACAGUCGCAGAGCUUCCACGAUGGCUCCCAAGCUCAACGACCCCAGCCUGCUCAAGACGGAUGUCGGCUAUGUCAACGGCGAGUGGGUAAAGGCUGCCUCGGGCAAGACCUUUGAGGUCCACGACCCUUCCACGGGCAAGCUCAUCGGCACAGUCCCCGAGUUCGAUUCUGCCGAUACCGAGAAGGCAAUCAGCGCGGCCACUGCUGCGUUCAAGUCAUUUAAGACCACCACAGGACGCGAGCGUUCCAAGUUGCUCCGCAAGUGGUAUGAUCUCAUGGUAGAGAAUGCCGACGACCUCGCCAAGAUCAUAACGUGGGAGAACGGCAAGCCUUUCACGGAUGCCAAGGGCGAGGUGACUUAUGCCGCCAACUUUUUUGAGUGGUUCAGUGAGGAAGCCCCCCGCAGCUACGGUGACACCAUCCCGGUAGCUGUUCCGGGCAACCGCGUCUCCACGAUCCGCCAGCCCGUUGGUGUCUGUGGUCUCAUCACCCCUUGGAACUUCCCAGCUGCAAUGAUCACUCGCAAGGUUGGUCCUGCUCUGGCGGCUGGAUGUACCACAAUUGUCAAGGCGCCUGGUGAGACCCCCUUCUCUGCUCUGGCAAUGGCUGAGCUUGCUCACCGUGCUGGAAUCCCCAAGGGUGUCUACAACGUGGUGACAUGCUUGGAAAACACCCCUGAGAUUGGCAAGAUCCUCACCACGCACCCUGAGAUCCGCAAGGUUUCCUUCACUGGGUCAACUGGAGUUGGCAAGCUCCUUAUGGAGCAGUCGUCGUCGACGCUCAAGGUCCUCUCGAUGGAGCUGGGUGGCAACGCGCCGUUCAUCGUCUUUGAUGAUGCUGAUGUCGAGGCUGCCGUGGCCGGCGCAAUCGCUUCGAAGUUCCGGUCUUCCGGGCAGACCUGUGUAUGCGCCAACCGCAUCUACGUGCAGAAGGGCGUCUACGAUGAGUUCGCGGCCAAGUUUGCCGAGAAGGUGAAGGGAUUCAAGGUCGGCCAUGGUUUCGACGAAGGAGUCACCCACGGACCCCUGGUGCACAGCCGCGCUGUCGGCAAGGUGGAGGAGCACGUUCGCGAUGCCGAAAGCAAGGGUGCCAAAGUGACCGUGGGUGGACAGAAGCUGCCCGACCUGGGUGCCAACUUCUUCCAGCCCACCGUCAUCACCGGCAUGACCAAGGAGAUGCGCAUUGCCAGCGAGGAGACAUUUGGCCCAGUUGCUGGCCUGUUCCCCUUCUCGACCGAGCAGGAAGUUGUUGACCUCGCCAACGAUGCCGAGGUCGGCCUUGCCGGAUAUUUCUUCUCCCGUGAUCUUGAGCGUAUUUACCGGGUGGCUGAGGCUCUCGAAGUUGGCAUGGUUGGUGUCAACACCGGCCUCAUCUCGGACCCAGCCUCGCCCUUCGGUGGUGUCAAGCAGUCCGGUUUCGGGCGGGAGGGUUCCAAGUAUGGAAUCGAGGAAUAUCAGAACCUCAAGACCAUUACAUUCGGUGGAAUGGGCAAGCCUCUGCAGAGCUGAGCGGAUUGCAUGUUUGAAGAAAAGUAGAUACUAAAAUUCGGAGUUUAGUCUAGAUGUUCAUUAAUGGAAAAAGUAACUUAAUGCAUUUGACUUGAAUUUUAAUUGUAUACUUAGGUAGUUUCAUCUCGAGUUAAUCUGAAUCCUGGGGCAUAUAUAAAGAACUGGGCAUACCUGUCAAUACUAGUCUGACAACUCCAUCCAGAAAAUUAAUAAAAUUGACUUCGAUCUCGUUCAAGGCAAACGGCAAG